AUGACGGUAAAAGGCGCCGCGUUCAAGCCUCCGUCGAGUGUGCGUGUGAAAGUUGCAGCGGCAACUACAGUGAGCGAUGACGACGUUGACGUUGUGGCAGAAAUAAAAGGUGACGCGACGCUGAAGAAGCAGACAAAAAAGGGCAAGAACAACAAUUCCAAGGGUAAAGCACCUGCAGCGAAAAAUGCGCAGAAUACUCAGCUCGACGACGAGUUGUUGGCUCGGUGGCAGGCGAUAAAAUCGACGUUGACGGCUGAAGACAAGUCCGAUCAGACGACGCAUCAGGCAGCUGCGGUGCAGACGACUUACGCAUCUGCAGCGCGCGCUGGAGCAUCGACUAGCAAUGCACCUCCGCUUGCGACACAGCAAGUGGCCGGUGCGCAGCCAAGUUUUGCCGGGGCUUGCUUCAAGUGCCAGUUGCCAGGACAUAGCGCGAACGAGUGUCCAUUGGUCAAGUGUUACAACUGUGGCCAGCAGGGACAUAUGUCGCGCAGUUGUCCGGCGAAAGCAGCGCAGGAAGAGCCGUCGUGUUGUGUGACGUUUCGGCAGUGCAGCAAAUGCAAGGAGUUCCGCUCGUACUUGGGAAACCUUAAUCAGGGAGGGAAAGCGACUGAAAUGACGUGGCCCUCCCGCAGAGGAAUCCAACUCGGAGUGCAGAUGCGCUCGUUCGCGGUGCUGUAA